AUGUCAAGAUCACCAGAAAAAUACGAUAGUCGAUCACCCGACGUAGAGAUGAGUCCAUCUCUAUCCCCUUCACGGUCGAGGAGACCAGACACACAGGAUGACGAGGAAGCACCCGCAAAACGAAUGCGAACGGAUCGAAAAGUGGAAGAUAAAGCUAGAAAUAAACGAUUGUUCGGUAAUAUAUUAGGUACUUUGCAGAAAUUCCAGAAAGAUGAUAAAUCAUCGAGGACGAGUGAAGCUGCCAAACGAAGAGAGCAAGUAUCAUCUCGUAUAGCAGCCAAACUACGAUCAGAAACUACAUUACACAAUGAAAUUGCAGAAUCGGAGAGGGAGAUCAAGACGUUGAGGAUAAAUACAGAGAGUGCAGAGUACAUUUUGAGGCACAAGGAAGUAGCUUUGAAAGCUAGACAUGAUUUCCUGAAACCCACUUCCAAAUUCCUCUAUACAUCCUUACCACCUGAUGAACCUCUAAUAUUCGAAACCAACUUAUUGAACCCUUCGCCAAUACCAUUCAUAAAAGGUCCUAGUAGAGAACCUCCUCAUGGAAAGGAACUAGCACCAUUAUAUUACUUACCUAAAAUCCUCUUACCAUCUCAAUCAUCAGCCCUCAAAUCCCGCCAAGCCAACAUCUUCGAAAUCAUAUCUGAAGAAAUUGACGCUUUGCAAAAAGAGAAAGAAAGAGUAUCGAAUGAAUCAAUAAAGAAUAAAGAGAGGAUCGAAGAAUUGAGUGAAAAGUUGAGAGAAUUGAGGAAACAGGUUAAACCUACCAACAAAGAUGGGGAUAGCGGUAGGGAUAAGGAUGAUUUUGGUAGGACGCCCAGAGAGGAGAUGGACGUUGAUCGCGAACGAGAACAGCCAAAAGAGAAGGAAAAGGAGGGAGAAGAGAGAGGAGUGGUAAUUAAGGGUGAUGAAGGUGAUAUUGAAGUUGAGUAUUAG